AUGGAAAGUAUCAAGUCAUGGGUGGAUAAGAUGCAAGAAGACCUUGUCACGCUGGCCAAAACAGCAAGUGGAGUCACCCAGCUCGUUGAUAUUUAUGAGAAAUACCAAGAUUUGUAUACUGUGGAACCAAAUAACGCUCGGCAGCUGGUGGAGAUCGCAGCCCGGGAUAUUGAAAAGCUUCUCAGCAACAGAUCGAAGGCCCUGGAGCGUCUGGCUUUGAAGGCAGAGAAAGUGCAGGCGGCCCACCAGUGGCGAGAGGACUUUGCGAGCAAUGAAGUUGUCUACUACAAUGCUAAGGAUGACCUUGAUACCGAAAAGAAUGACAGUGAGCCGGGCAGCCAGAGGAUUAAACCUGUCUUCGUUGAAGAUGCUAAUUUUGGGAGGCAAAUAUCCUAUCAGCACGCAGCGGUCCAUAUUCCCACUGACAUCUACGAGGGAUCAACAAUAGUGUUGAAUGAACUCAACUGGACAAGUGCCUUAGACGAAGUUUUCAAAAAAAACCGUGAAGAGGACCCUACGUUGCUGUGGCAGGUGUUCGGCAGCGCCACUGGCCUGGCCCGCUAUUACCCAGCUUCUCCAUGGGUGGAUAAUAGCAGAACGCCAAACAAGAUUGACCUUUAUGACGUGCGCCGGAGACCAUGGUAUAUCCAGGGAGCGGCAUCCCCCAAGGACAUGCUCAUCCUGGUGGACGUGAGUGGCAGUGUCAGUGGCUUGACGCUUAAGCUGAUCCGAACGUCUGUCUCUGAAAUGCUAGAAACACUCUCAGACGAUGACUUUGUGAAUGUGGCUUCGUUCAACAGCAACGCUCAGGAUGUAAGCUGCUUUCAGCACCUUGUGCAAGCAAAUGUAAGAAAUAAGAAAGUGCUGAAAGAUGCCGUGAACAACAUCACUGCGAAAGGCAUCACAGACUACAAGAAAGGCUUCAGCUUUGCUUUUGAACAGUUGCUUAAUUAUAACGUUUCCCGAGCCAACUGCAACAAGAUCAUAAUGCUGUUCACGGACGGAGGAGAAGAGAGAGCACAGGAGAUAUUUACCAAGUACAAUAAAGACAAAAAAGUGCGAGUCUUCACGUUUUCGGUUGGUCAGCACAAUUACGACCGCGGACCCAUCCAGUGGAUGGCCUGUGAGAACAAAGGUUAUUAUUAUGAGAUCCCUUCCAUUGGAGCAAUAAGAAUUAAUACUCAGGAAUAUCUCGAUGUUCUGGGAAGACCGAUGGUUUUAGCAGGAGAAAAAGCUAGAAAAGUCCAGUGGACAAACGUGUACCUGGAUGCGCUGGAACUGGGCCUUGUUAUUACUGGAACUCUUCCGGUCUUCAACAGAACUGGCCAAUCUGAAAAUGAGACCAACUUAAAGAACCAGCUGAUCCUGGGGGUGAUGGGCGUCGAUGUCUCCCUGGAGGACAUUAAGAGGCUGACGCCGCGCUUCACACUGUGCCCCAAUGGCUAUUAUUUUGCUAUUGAUCCUAAUGGAUAUGUUUUGCUACAUCCAAAUCUUCAGCCAAAGCCUAUUGGUGUGGGUAUCCCAACAGUUAAUCUGAGACAAAGAAGACCCAACGUGCAGAACCCCAAAUCUCAGGAGCCCGUGACUCUGGAUUUCCUGGAUGCAGAGCUGGAGAAUGACAUGAAAGUGGAGAUUCGCAAUAAAAUGAUAGAUGGAGAAAGUGGAGAAAAAACCUUCAGAACUCUAGUGAAAUCUCAAGAUGAGAGAUACAUCGACAAAGGCAACAGGACCUACACGUGGACCCCAGUGAAUGGGACGGAUUACAGUUUGGCCUUGGUAUUACCAACCUACAGUUUUUACUAUAUAAAAGCCAAAAUAGAAGAGACAAUAACUCAGGCCAGAUCAAAAAAGGGAAAAAUGAAGGAUUCAGAAACCCUGAAGCCAGAUAAUUUUGAAGAAUCUGGCUACACAUUCAUAGCACCCAGAGAUUACUGCAAUGACCUUAAACCAUCUGAAAACAACACUGAAUUUCUUCUAAAUUUCAAUGAGUUUAUUGACAGAAAAACUCCAAACAACCCAUCAUGUAACACAGAUUUAAUUAACAGAGUCUUGCUGGAUGCAGGUUUUACCAAUGAACUUGUUCAAAAUUACUGGAGUAAGCAGAAAAAUAUCAAGGGAGUCAGAGCGCGGUUUGUGGUGACGGAUGGUGGGAUUACCAGAGUUUAUCCCAAGGAGGCCGGAGAAAAUUGGCAGGAAAACCCAGAAACCUACGAGGACAGCUUCUACAAGCGGAGCCUGGAUAACGACAACUACGUCUUCACCGCUCCCUACUUUAACAAAAGUGGACCUGGUGCCUAUGAAUCAGGCAUUAUGGUAAGCAAAGCUGUAGAAAUAUACAUCCAAGGAAAACUCCUUAAGCCUGCAGUUGUUGGAAUUAAAAUUGAUGUGAAUUCCUGGAUAGAGAACUUCACCAAAACCUCAAUUAGGGAUCCGGUCAUGGACUGUGUGAUUCUAGAUGACGGUGGGUUUCUUUUGAUGGCAAAUCACGACGACUACACGAAUCAGAUUGGACGAUUUUUUGGAGAGAUUGACCCUAGCCUGAUGAGACACCUGGUUAAUAUAUCAGUGUAUGCUUUCAAUAAAUCGUAUGAUUAUCAGUCAGUGUGUGAGCCCGGCGCUGCCCCCAAGCAAGGAGCGGGACAUCGCUCAGCACAUGUGCCUUCCAUAGCAGACAUACUGCAGAUCGGCUGGUGGGCCACUGCCGCUGCGUGGUCUAUUCUCCAGCAGUUUCUCUUGAGUUUGACCUUUCCUCGGAUUCUAGAAGCAGUGGAGAUGGAAGAAGAGGACUUCACUGCCUCACUGUCAAAGCAGAGCUGCAUCACUGAACAAACCCAGUACUUCUUUAACAAUGACAGCAAAUCCUUCAGCGGUGUCCUGGACUGCGGGAACUGCUCCAGGAUCUUUCAUGUAGAGAAGAUUAUGAACACCAACUUAAUAUUCAUCAUGGUCGAGAGCAAGGGCACUUGUCCAUGCGACACCCGGCUCCUCAUCCAGGCUGAGCAGACUUCUGAUGGUCCGGAUCCCUGUGAUAUGGUUAAGCAACCCCGAUACCGCAAGGGGCCUGACGUCUGCUUUGACAACAGUGAGAUGGAGGACUACUCAGACUGUGGCGGUGUUGCUGGGCUAAGCUCAUCCCUGUGGUCCGUGCUCGGAUUCCAGUUUCUGCUCCUCUGGCUGCUGUCUGGCAGCAGACACUACCUAUUGUGACCUUCUGAAACCCACACCAUGUCAUUAAAGUCAAGACCUGGCCAGAAUAGGAGCCCUGGAUGACGUCACAGUAGGGUCACCUGUGGAGUCAGCGACACGUUAGCUGGACCUUUACCGUGGCGUAUCUAAGGCACACACCUGUGGGGCGCCCAUGGGCUGCACGUGGGGGUGUGCGACCACGUACUUGUGUGAAUGCCACACCACCUUCAUGGAACAUCGAAGCAAACAGUCUCUUUGUGCUCUGCUGGGAAUUGGGAGUUGUCGCCUUGCUAGUGAGGCAUAGAAGGGCUCCCCACACGAUUAUUUAUGAAGCGUAAAAAACCUUUUGAUUUUGACCAGGAAUUUCAACUUGCUGCAGAUUUACCAAGAAAAUCUGUCAGGAGAAAUAGUUAGUUUUGCCUUCAUUUAUCCUUCUAGUAAAAGUUAAUUCCUACUUUGAGUAGUUCCUGACUAAAGAGGGACAGAGAGGGAGAGAAUUUACAGUGGUCUGAAUUGCUAAAAUAGAUAUAACGGCUAAUUUUCUACAGAAAUUUUGCCAAGAAAAAAAAUGCCUUAUGCAGAAUGAUUUCCCUGCCAAAAAUAAAACACAAUUGAUAUCCAGUUAAGGGGGGUAAUGAAUUGAUAGCUUGAAAAAUAAUAGCUAAGCAAUUGUUAAACUAAAGGUGCUUGAGGGUGAAAUCUGGAUAUAUUUUCUCAUAAAUAUAAGCCCUAGAAAGCUCUGAUGUAAUGUUCCUUUUGUUCACAGUACGGUCAUAUAGUGCUAGCCAGAUACUAGCAAAGCUCUUUAGAGAAGCUCGCUGGGGGAGGGGAAGUGUUUUUCUUGUGACAAAUGAACUAGGGUUACAAGGGUAUUUUGCAUGAUGCUGCUGCCGCUAUCUUAACUUUUUGGUUUGUUUUUCUCUUAUUGUAGAGUGUAGUCUAUUGAGAAGUUACCUGAGUGACAUUGCUGUCGUGUAAGAAUCUGAACUUUGCAGUGUAAAUGCACCUAAGUCAGCUUUUAAAAAUGUUGUGAAGCUACUCUGAAUAUACUGUGCUGUAGCACAGGAGGAGGGCUGGGGACUCGCGAGAUGAGAGUCAGUGGAUUUUAUACAGAUCCGUGCUUUUGCCUGAAAACCUAUGUACAGAUAUUUUAAGUACAUAAAUCAGAUUUAACACAUUUAUUUUUUGAAAAGUACAUAUAUGUUCUCAAUGAAGCUACAUCCUAGGUUUCCUGUUUGUUCAUUGCACCGGGGCAUGGACAGCCUGAGCUCCGGCCUCCAUUUUUGAUGCUAUGAUCAUUUGGCCGAAGUCCCACGCCAUUUGAUAAGGGUUUUAUAACAAUCUGAACAAAGAGGAAACCUCGGAACUCUGUGUAUGCACAUGAACACUUGAUUGUGAAUAACAAAAUUUGUUUUUAUACAACCUCAUUGGUGAAAAUGCUUAGUGUAGUAAAUCAGAUAUUUCAUUAUAGAGUAAUAUGGUAUCAAAAUAUUAUUUAUGCUCUUAAGAAUUAUUUUCAGGAGUAAACAGUAUUUGAAGAAAGGGUGAAAACAAUGAAUGUGUAACUCUAGGAAUAGUUUAUAAUUUUAUUGAAGGCUGAAAGUAUGCAGAUAUUUUUUAUGAAAAAAUGCAUUUUUCUUCACCCAAUCAUGCCAAAUAUUGGUGUGUGUAUAUGCUGGAAAUUUUCUUAAGUAUAAUUUUAACAUCAAAGUUAUCUACAUUACCCAGCAUGCUUUUGUAUGUUCUAUGUAUCAAAGUUUUAGUCCCUGCUUUAUCAAUGUUUAAGAUAUAUUGGUUUGUUUUUAGCUUUGCACACAUUUAUAAUCCCCUUGCACCACCAAUAUAUCCUAAAUUCCAUCUGUGGACACUUCCUUUAAGAUUGUUUUUUAAUUUAAAAUAGGGGGGAGGGAGAAAUGGAAUCGCUUUGCCAACUGUUGUUCUAAGAGUUGACAUCAGUUACCAUUUCUAAUGCAUUGUUGUGAUUUUUUUAGUCUAUUCAAAACUUAUAUUGACAUUUUAGAAAACACCAAAGUGAUUUUUAAAAAGUUACAAUAUGUUUAAAUCAUGUUGUUUGUUAGUUACUAUUUAAAUCUUACUGUUAACUUUUGCUAGAAUUUUAAAUCGUGAGCGUGUUGGGAAGGGGAUAUCAAAAUAAAAAUUGUUAGCUUAUGUCAAUAAAUGAUGCGCAUUAAAACAAAUGAUUGCUUCCAGCAUACAACAGACUACCUUAAGAUUACGUUUAAAGUCCACUCGAUAUGUUUUCCUGGCCAAUGUCAUUUGUACUGUAUGUCUUCAUCACUGGAUUAUUGUCGUGUUUCCAUGUGUCAGCUCAGCAUCCCUCCACAGGGCUCCAUUGGAUUGCAGUUCUGUAUAACAGCAGCCACACACAGGGUCAGAGAUUGGGUAAGAACUUGCUCUCAGCCUGCAACUUGUUUUCAGGGUCAGUACAGGUCAUCCUGGGGUUAGCACACUUUUUUCAAAGGACAGUAACAUUCAUGCCACCCAAUUGUUAUGCUAAAUUUGCUAUUUUUCUGUGAAUUCUGUUGACUUUGUAACUCAAAGUCUGAUGUUAAUAAUGAUUUUCAAAUACUGAGCGGUCCAGGUGAUCAUCGAAAAGCUCCCGAACCGUUCUUCCACUUUUACGUGGUUCUGCGCUUGUGCAGCUGAAUGUCGUGCGUCACUAAGGCAUCGUGAUGAGGCGUUUGUCCUCCGUUACAGGACAGAGGUCUGCAUUAAUCAUUUCUUUAUCAUUUCUUCAUUUGAACAACCAGCAUUACUGCCAAACACCAACCGUAGUCCACAUUUGUAACAGGUUUUUAACAUGACAUAGUUAGCACGUUUGAUUGAAGAGAUUUUUAGGUCCUGGGCCUAUAGGAUUUUAGUAUGAUCUUUUUUCAUGUUUGUAAUGCUUGAGGCAUUAUUGCUUAACUUGGAAAAAAAAAAAAAA